CUCAAUCUCAACCUCCAAGUCAAGUGGUUAUUACAAUUACUUCGCACGCUAGUUCACCUACCUCUGAUUCCAAGUCUGAGGAACCAUCAAUAUCAUUAGAUGGUCUUAAGUCUUUAAUUAUUACAGCUUCAUGCGUGGCUGGAAUUGUUGUUAUUACAGUAGUUAUAUGUAUAAUUAGAAAGAUAGUUAAUAAACGCCGUAGACGCAAAGGUGAUAGUAAUUAUAAUGAUGAUUCUCACAAUGGUGAUGGGAAGGGCAUUAUUCAGCAAACCUUACAUGUUACUUCACCAGGUUUACCUUUUCUACCUUUUAUCGUUGAUAGCAAGGAUGAAGAGGAAAAAGAAGUUUCAAAAGUGGCAAGCGAAACAGAAGUUAUUUUGAAAGUUCAAAGUGAUAAUGACAGCAGCGAUAAUAAAUAA